AUGAGCGUCCAGCCCACUUUGCUGCUGCUCACCACGACUGGCCCCAAGUUCUCAGGCAUCCAGGGCAAGGAAGAUGCCACCAACCCUUUCUUUCCUAUGCCCAUCACCACAUUCGCUACUUCAGUCACCAUGGCCGCUCCCAAGUUCUCCGGCAUUGUGGGUGCUGAUUGUAUGGGUUUGGGCACAGCAAGCGGCGGCGCUUUGGACGACAACCGCACCCUUGACCCGGCAGUAACGGCAACCGUCAUUCCUCUUCCCGACGGUGGCUUCUGGACGAUUGUCUGA